AUGUCUGUUGCUAAGAGCGCUGCUACCAAGUUGAACUGGGCUAACGUCAUCUCUUCCUUGGGAUUGACUGGCAAGACUUCUGCCAGCUUGACUGCUUUCAAGAAAAGAAACGACGAGGCCAAGAAGCAGCACCUUGAAUUGACCAGUGAGCCCCUCGACAUUGACUUUGCUCACUACAGAAAGGUGUUGAAGAACCAGAGCGUUGUUGAUGAGGUUGAGAAGGCUGUCAAGGCUUUCAAGCCAGUCACUUACGAUGUGUCCAAGACUUUGAAGACUAUUGACAUCUUCGAGCAGAAGGCCGUUGAGAACGCCAAGUUGACCGAGAAGUCUGUUUUGGAGGAGAUCGAACAGUUGCAGGCCACUUUGAAGGAUAUUGAGGGCUCCAGACCUUUCGACCAAUUGACCGUGGACGACGUUGUCAAGGCCAGAUCUGACAUUGACGACAAGGUCAACUACAUGAUCAAGAACGGUAAAUGGGAGGUUCCUAGCUACAAGGAGAAGUUCGGUGACUUGACUGUCAUGUAA